AUGGCCGCCAACGUUCCCGACGUCGAGAAGGAUCAUGCCGGUAGCGACUCUGUCAACGGCAAAUAUGACCUUCACCACGACCACCACAACGAGGAGUCUGCACUUAGAAGAAUCCGGACGGCCGGAAGCAUUUCCAUCACACCAGAGCUCUUCGAGAAGAUCUACUUGUCACCCAAGAACCGCGUCUCUAACAACAUUCGGUCAACCUUUGGUAACCCGACUCCUCUUGCUCUCGUCGGAUUUCUGCUGUCUUUGACUCCUCUUUCGAAUGUCCUCCUGGGAUGGCGAGGAGCUGGUGGCCUCGGCGCGGCUGAAGUGGGCGUCUACUACUUCUUCGGCGGUCUGCUCAUGGUGUUGGGUGCCUUCUUGGAAUUCAUCCUGGGCAACACCUUCCCCUUCGUCGUCUUCGGCUCCUUUGGCGCUUUCUGGCUCUCAUUCGGAGCGACUCUGACACCAUAUUUCAACGCAUCCAUCGCCUACGAUCCUACAAACCCAGCACAGUCGUCCUCAGAUCCGGUGUUCGGUUCUACAUUCGCCUUCUUCCAUGUUUACAUGUCGGUGUUGUGCUUUAUCUACUUCAUCAUCGCCCUCCGAACCAACCUCGUCUUCGUGCUCAUCUUUGCCCUGCUCGUUGCCGCCUUUGCAUGUCUGGCAGAAUUCUUUUUCGAGAUUGGCGAGGGAAAGGUCAACCUCACGAUGCAACACUCGGCCGGAGGGAUCACGUUCGCCGUGUGUCUGCUGGGCUGGUACCUCUUCUUCGUGCAACUUCUUGCUGCUGUUGACUUCCCUCUCAACCUCCCUGUGGGCGACCUCAGCCGAUACAUCAGGGGCGCAAGUGAGAGGGCUGAGAAGACCGAGUGA